AUGCCAAAUACUUUGAAAAGCGUCUCUACGAGUCUUCGAUUGCGACGCGAAGCUCGCCUCUGUGUCGACAACACAAUAUCGCUCAUGGCAUUUGUCCCAGGAAACCGCGGAUUGUUCAGCGAUCAGCAACUUACCCCUCAAGAAAAAGUAAAUCAAGAAUGGGACGGCAUGGCCGGUGAGUGGGAUGACCUGGCUAAGGAAUACGCAUCUGGAUUCUACAACUUAAUCUGGAACAAAACCGGUAUCGAUCCAUCCAAGAAACCUAUUGUAGUUGAUUUUGGCUGUGGUACGGGCUUGCUUGCACAUAAGAUGAGCCUAGAUUGUACAAAAAUAGUAGCCCUCGACGCCUCAGCAAAGAUGAUUGAUAUACUCCAGGACAAGGUGCGUGACUUCGAACUACAAAACGUAGAAGCCGAAUGUGUUAUGUUGGCAAACAUCAAGAACGAAGCCCGGGGAAAAAAAACUCGUUUCGAAGGGUUAGCAGAAACUGUAGAUUUGAUAGUUGCUAGUUCCGUGUUCACCUUUGUUCCAGAAGGCGAUAUCGAAGCAACGAUGCACGAGCUAGGGAAGAUGUUGAAAGUGGGCGGUAUCCUCUGCCAUUCAGACUGGCCAAAGACAGCAGCUAGACAUCCCAAUGCUAUGAGCGAAGAAAAAGCUCGACAGCUUCACAAAAUGGCAAGGUUGGAAACCCAAUCGACAGAAAUUUGUGUGUUUGCGGGUUCUGAAGUUUUUGUUGGCAUAGCGAAAAAAUCUCAGUAG